AUGGAGAAGUUAGAAGAGAUGGUUGUUCUAUUCAGGAGGGUUUGGUUGCGCAGAAAUGAGUUUGUUUUCGAGAAGAAGCUAAGUUGUCCUAAGUAUCUGGUAAAAGGUAGCUUAGAAAGCUUAUUUGAGUUCAAGGCAACUCAGAGUCUCACAAAACAAGGGGUGAAAAGGAAUAACAACAAUGCAAGAAUUGCUAUGAGAUGGGAGAGACCAGAGAAUGGAUGGGUGAAAGUGAACUGGGAUGCAGCACUAAACUUGAAAGAGAGAAGAAUGGGGGCUGGGAUCAUAGUGAGAGAUGAGAAAGGAGAAGCUUUAGUUGCUAUGUGUGAUCAGAAGACCAACGUUGACAGCCCAGUGAUAGCAGAGUGUUUUGCUUUGAGAAUGGCUGUAGAGCUAUGCGGUGAACUUAAUAUACACAAGGCUGUUUUUGAAGGAGAUGCAAGAACUAUAAUAGAGGCAGUACAGAGUGUUAAGGAGGAAAAUUCUGUUUUUGGUUCCUUAAUCGAUGAUAUUAAAUUCUUAUUUCAAAAUAGACUAGAUUGGAAAAUUCAAUUUGCUUAUAGAGAAAGAAACAUAGUGGCUCAUACCUUAGCAAAGUCAGCUAUAGAUUUGUUAGAAAAAACAAUCUGGAUAGAGGAAGUACCAGAUUUUGCUGUAAGAAGUUUGGAUAGUGACAAAAGUUGUAUUACUUGA